AUGUCAUCACUCUGCAAUGACGAAAUAAAGAUUGCAUUCUUUUCAAGAAGAUCAGGAGCGACGGAACCGGUAAGCAAUGCUACUAUCAGCUCGAUUGUCAAAGGAAUUCAGCAUGGAAUUCAGCGAUGCCAUGACAGAGAGUGUGAUGUAGAUAUGUUUGCAUGCCUGCAGGGCAAUCGAGUCAUCCCAAAUGCUCUGCCAAUUUGCCUCGAAGAGAUCAAUGCAACAAUGGAAACUGCAUCAAACGGAGACCUCAAAUUCAAAACUCUCCGCGGAAAUCACACUCUGCAUGUGAUGUUUAGCGGAGGCGGCUCUCAGUUUUAUAUUCGCGAGCGCCCAAUUCGCCGCAUCGAGCAUGCAGCAAACAACCGGCCGCCACGACAACAGCCUCCGAGGCAACAGCCUCCAAGGCAACAGCCUCCUCCGAUGCAACAGCAACAACAAGAACCGCCGAGGCGACGCACUCCAGCACCAUCAGCCGCUGGCCGCGAAAGAGUGCGCAACAGAUCAUUGUCCGAUGACGACACCGACUCUGAUGACUCGUCUCUAGAGCAAAUGGCUCCGCCCCGUCGCCGACAAAGGAGACCGCAAAAGCCACCCAGCGACAAUGAUUCUUCGUCCGCCGAUGAAUAUCAGAACUUCUCGCAGCUCACAGGACGGAGCAAGAAGCUUGGCUGA